CUUACGGAAGAGGACCUUGAAAACCUUCGGCCCUUUGCACUCAAAGUCGAAAGCCAUAUGUCUGGGAGAACGUUCGCUAAAUUGCCCCAGACGUUUCCGCACUCUAGUCUGGAGAGCUGGAAGUCCGUUCAGGCAUACGCGUCUCGCUUGUCUGGAUUCGCACCGCAAGUAUACGACUGCUGCGUCAACUCGUGCCUGGCAUAUACGGGGAUUUAUGAAACCGAGGAUAUCUGUCCCGUCUGUGGACAGCAGCGCCGCAACUCCAGUGGGCGCCCUCGUAAUCAGUUCAUCUAUCUCCCAGUCAUCCCCCGUUUGAAGGCGCAACAGGAGAACCGCGAACGGGCGACACAGAUGCAAUACCGCGCGAAGGAGCACGUCCAUGAAGACGGCAUCAUCAAGGACGUCAUGGACUCGGCCCAUUAUCAGUCGCUGCUGGGCAAGCAUGUUGCAAUCGGCGAACGGGAGCUGCCACACCGUUACUUCGACGACGCCCGUGACAUCGCCCUUGGCCUCUCCACCGAUGGGUUCGCCCCCUUCAAGCGGCGUACGAAAACA